AUGGCAAAGAUAUCUCUUGUCCUUAGCAAAGGAGAUUUUUUGGGACGCAGAUCAACAUUCUUGUUUGAGUACCUAUACAUACUUAUUUUUAUUUUUAGCCAAAAAGUAGCCGAAGUUUAUCCAACUAUUUACUAUUUGGGACUCUCUACUGAGUACAACACGAUUUGGCAAAUAGUUGAGGAUUUCCUAUCAUUUUUAAUUUUAUUUAACUAUAUGGUGCCUAUUUCAAUGUAUAUGAAUAUUGAACUCUACCGAGUUUUCGGCGCUCUCUUUAUGAGAUCCGACAUUAAUUUAUACGACGAGGAGACUGAUCAGCCCUGUGAAGUGAAUGCGUCCAAUUUGAAUGAAGAUCUCGGCCAGAUCAACAUAUUAUUUUCAGAUAAAACUGGAACUCUAACAAAAAAUCAAAUGAUCUUUCUCAAGUGCUAUGUCGAUGGACAUAACUACGUUUUACAAAAUAACCAAUUGUAUUGCCCCGAUAGAGACGAAAGUUACGAACUAGGCGCAAUGGAUGCCGAUGUGCAGGUCUUAUUUGAGGCGUUAGCCUUAUGUCAUACAGUGGAAGUAAUGUCUAGCUCUGACGAUAAAUCAACAGAAGGUCAAUCGAUUAAGGAUAGCUUAGUAGCUACAGGUAUUAUUGACAGAUAUCAAGCAUCUAGCCCAGACGAGAAGGCCAUACUCGAGGGCUGCGCUAAGUUGGGUUUAAUUUUUGAGGGCACCGAUAACAACUCAAUGCGUCUCAGCCGAAUCCUUAACGAUCAAAAUUAUGACGUUGUGCAGUAUGAGCGCCUUCAUGUGCUCGAGUUUAGCUCGGAGAGAAAACGCAUGAGCAUUAUUAUUCGGGAUGAAAUGGGCAUUAUUUGGCUGUAUAGUAAAGGCGCUGAAGCGUCCAUACUACCACGCUGCAAGCCAACAUCGCCUACUACAAAAACUGACGUCCAAAUAACGCAAUAUGCCAAAGAGGGUCUUAGGACCCUUGCUGUCGCCAGACGCCGGCUGACUGAAGAUGAAUAUGUUACAUUCGUUGCAUCCUACAAAGAGGCCAGCAUUCAACUCACGGAUCGCAAAGAGCUUCUGGCACUAUGUUACGAGACUAUUGAAGUGGAUUUCGAUCUGCUGGGUGCAACGGCUUUGGAAGACGCACUCCAGGAUGAAGUUGACAAAACGUUGAUCGCGCUACAGGAAGCUGGCUUAAAGAUUUGGGUUCUUACAGGCGAUAAGGUAGAAACAGCACUCUCCAUUGGCAGGGCCUGCAAGCAUAUACCGGAAAUAGCCGAGGUUCACUUUCUUAUUAAUAUAACCGUAUGUGAAGCGCUGCAAAAGCGGUUGAAUCAGAUCGAACUUGGCAUAACAUCCGCUACAUCGAAACCCACUUGUCUGGUCAUCGACGGUAUAACGGUAUCCGCUCUACUCACGCAAUUGCCAAAACAAUUCACUGAUGUGGCCCUCAAGUGCAAGGCCGUGCUCUGCUGUCGUUUGAGUCCUCUGCAGAAGAGCGAAAUAGUUAUGCUUAUAAAGAAGUCGGGCCAGCACAUUACAGCAGCUAUUGGUGAUGGCGCCAAUGAUGUGUCCAUGAUUCAGGAAGCUCACAUUGGUAUUGGCAUAUCCGGCGUGGAGGGCAAGCAGGCAGCCCGCAGCGCUGACUAUGCAAUUGCUAAGUUCUUUAUGCUGCAACGUCUGCUCCUGGUGCAUGGACAUUAUAAUAAUGAACGAUUGGCGUUUAUGGUGCUUUUUUACUGCUACAAGAAUAUAAUAAUCACAGGUUGCAUGGCUCUGUUUCAAGUAUACGAUUUGUACUCGGCGACAUCUGUCUAUAACGAACUUUUCUUAUGGCUGUUUGAUAUCAUUUACAUAUCCUUCAGCUUUACGUAUUUGGCCAUGUCCGAUAAACGUUAUAGUGAGAGCACAUUGUUGAGAUUUCCGACAUUAUAUAAAGGAAUUGCCCACAACAAGCUGACCUCGUGGAAGGCAUUUCUAAUGUGGAUUUUAAACGCUGCCCUUCAAACUCUCAUAAUUUUCUUCUUUGCCUAUGCCAUUUUAUAUGACAAUAAUGUUGUGUUCAACGAAGGACAAACUGCAGAUUUCUCAACUUUUGGAACUAUGCUUAUAAUGGUACUCGUAAUUGUAGGCAAUUUGAAGGUAUUGCUAGUCUCACACUACAUGAGUUACCUUAACUUUGCAUUUAUUAUUGUAUCGAUUCUGGCAUUUAUAUUAAGCACUUACCUUUAUAAUUUAGAUAGUGGCAGUACCCUGUACCAUGUGUACAACAUGUUUUUGAGUUCGCUUCCUAUGUGGCUAUAUGUUAUAAUUUGUACGGUAGCAUGUUUGCUGCCUGACUUUUUAAUGAGAGCCAUUAACGACAUGUUCUUAGAUAGGCUCGAGUGAACAUUAGUAAAUCAUUAAUCACUAACU